AUGAAUGAUUUGGAUGUAGGGAUAGAAAGUACAACAGACAAGUUUGCAAAUAACACUAAAAUAGAUGGGAAAGAAUGGAAGGAUCCUUAUUGUCUAAAUGUGGAGAAAUUUCAGAGUGCUUCGGUGCAGAGUGACCUGGCUGUCCUCGUGCAUGAACUACAGCAAACAAGUAUGCAGGCAGCAACAGAGCUAUGUGGCUUGUUGGAAGCUGACUUGUGUGAAGCAAUGAUCGUAGCAGUCAAGGUCACCACAGCCAUGACCUUUGGUGGCUCAAACUCAUUCCAAACUCCCACAAGACAAAUGAUCAACAACCAACAGUUUACAGUGCACAUCUUCAUCAAGCUCAGUUUCUCCGAAGUAGAGUGCACACUUUUGCUGAGUUCCAAGUACACCCUUGAGACUCAAAGAGACAAACUUUCCUUUCUUGAACUUCUGGCAGCAGCAACUUCCAUGUGGCAUUUGUCAGUAUUCACUGACAUCCUAGGUUUUGUGCAACAAAUUUGUUUUGACCGGAGGUUUACUCAUCUGCCACUGAAAAAGAUCCAAAGUUAUUCUUUUGAAGGCCUUAGCAAUAUCAUAAGAAUUGAUAUUUCCCAGAGUGAUUCUUUGGAGAGAAUUGAACCUAAAGCCUUCGUUGAUCUUCUGGAUUUAGUGGAACUGAGCAUUUGUAAUACUGGAAUAGGAUUCUUUCCUGAUCUGACACACAUCCACUCCAUUGCAUCCAAUUUUAUUCUGGAAAUAUGUGACAAUUUGCACCUUCAAACCAUACCAGAAAAUGCAUUUCAGGGCAUGAACAAUGAAUCUCUAACACUGAAGCUGUACAAAAAUGGAUUUGAAAAUGUACAAAGCCAUGCAUUCAAUGCAACGAAGCUGGAUAAGUUGGAACUUAAUGAUAAUAAAAAUUUAAGGACAAUACACAAUGAUGCUUUUAGAGGAGCUAUUGGACCAGACGUAUUGGAUGUUUCCUCAACAGCACUUGAGCACUUUCCAUCUUAUGGAUUGGAAUUUAUUCAUAAGCUUACUGCACGUUUCACAUACUCACUGAAAAGGUUCCCAUCACUGGAAAAGUUUGCUAAUUUGAUGGAAGCAAAUUUGACAUAUCCCAGUCACUGCUGUGCAUUCAAAAACUACCCUGCUGACGAAUAUGAAGACUUAGAAGAAAUAUAUGAAAAUGCAGUAUCUUUUGAUUAUAGCUUUUGCCAUGCAAAGGAAGAUCUCAUCUGUACUCCAGAACCAGAUGCCUUCAAUCCAUGUGAAGAUAUAAUGGGAUACAACAUUCUAAGAGUUCUUAUAUGGUUCAUUAACAUUCUUGCUAUUGUGGGUAACUUUGUUGUUUUUAUUGUUUUGGUGAUUAGUCAGAAUAAGCUUACGGUCCCACGUUUCCUCAUGUGCAAUCUUGCUUUUGCCGAUCUCUGUAUGGGUCUCUAUUUGCUACUUAUUGCGUCCAUUGAUUUGAGUACCAAAAGCCAAUAUUACAACUACGCUAUAGACUGGCAGACUGGAGCUGGGUGUGCCAGUGCUGGCUUCUUUACUGUUUUUGCAAGUGAGCUCUCUGUGUACACACUGAUGGUGAUUACCUUUGAAAGAUGGCACACAAUUACACAUGCCAUGCAGAUGGACAGGAAGCUCCGUUUAAGGCAUGCUGUACUGAUUAUGUUCGGAGGCUGGGUAUUCUCUCUUAGUGUGGCAACACUACCACUUGUAGGAAUCAGCAAUUACAUGAAAGUUAGCAUCUGUUUGCCCAUGGAUAUAGAAACUCCUGUUUCCCAGGCUUAUGUUAUAUUCCUAUUAGUACUGAAUGUUAUUGCCUUUGUUAUAAUUUGUGUCUGCUAUAUCAAAAUAUAUUUAGCUGUGAAAAACCCUGAUUUUGUUUCUAAAAAUAGUGAUACAAAGAUUGCCAAACGAAUGGCUAUACUAAUAUUUACAGACUUUAUGUGUAUGGCUCCAAUAUCAUUUUUUGCUAUUUCAGCAGCUUUUAAGUCACCCUUCAUUACAGUGACUAAUGCUAAAAUUUUGCUAGUAUUGUUUUAUCCACUCAACUCUUGUGCAAAUCCAUUUCUCUAUGCAAUCUUCACAAAAGCAUUCAGAAGGGACUUCUUCAUCCUAUUGAGCAGGUUUGGUUACUGUGAAAUGCAGGCACAAAUUUAUAAAACUGACUAUUCAAGCUCCAAGAGUGCCACCAGGGAAAACUCAGGUGCAGCUGUCAAGCUAACAACAUUCAGUACACAGGAUUUACCAGUCAAUGCAACUGCUGAAUUUUGUUGUAAAGAAUGCUGA